GCUAGUCAGUACAAUUUUCUGCUAAGUAGUAAAGCUAGUGCACUAGUACGUAAUAUUGAGAUCUUCAUCAUCAUACAUCACCUUGUCGAAAAUAUAAAGCACCAUGUCCUAUCCGCAUCCAGUCGUCCGCGAGGGCUUCGUCCAGUUCCUUGCCGACAAAGGGGCCUGGAAGAAACGGUAUCUCCGAUUAGACUCCUCUACAUUGUCCGUAUUCAAGGAUGCGCCAGGCGAUAAGAGCCCGUCUAAGCGGUCGUGGUUUGGAUCCUCAAAAAAGGACGCCCAACCUCGAGAAACCGUCAGCAUCGCGCCAGGUGGUCCGUCUGCCGUGAGUAUAACUACAGUUAUGUUGACUUGAGGAAUUCCAUCUUGUUCCCUAGAAGAAGCAUCAGUCUCAGUCUCGUCAUUAUCAAGGGAACAAAGCGAGCACUGAGAUGCCCACCAAGGUGAAUUUCUGCAAGUUCUAAUACAGGAGACGCAGUGAAGAGGAAGUUCAAAAAAGAGUUUGUGAUUGAGGUGGUGGGGACAACGUUAUGGCAGAUGAUGAUUGUGUGGGAUCUUCUGGAAGGAGGGUUGUUUUCGUACUAGGAAGGAGGACGUAGCACUACUAGAUGAUACGAGAAGAUUCAGAUGUGUGAGCGUGACAAUAGGCAAGGCAUCAUGAUCAUGAAGUUUAAUAGGGGUUAUCUGUCUCUUCUAACGUUCGAAAAUGGACCCGCGAAGCCGAUCGUUUUUCAAGCAAUGUCAAAGCAAGAGUUUUUAGAGUGGAAAGGGGAUUUGCAGAGUCUUGCGACUCCGCCUGUUGCGCCACCAAGGAAAAGCAGUCGGGUAUCUGAAUUUGUUUUUUCUAUUCGUACAUGACUGGCUUUUUGGUGGAGCCGGUUUUGUUGAGUGAUAAGAGUAUUUGUAUUGCUAUUGCCAGGACUUUGGGUUGUUUUGUUUCGUCUUGUUCUUUCACAAGAAUUCAUUUGACGUAGAAGACGAAUUCCCUUAUUCUCAAACUAUCAAAAAUCCCCUCCCAUCAUUUAUUCCAGAUUCUGCAGCAUCCACUCCAAGGAGGCUCCAGUUCGUCCUCUUCUUCAGACACGUCAUCUUCCUCGGGAGAUGACUCCUCAGAAAACGACUCCUCCACCUCAGAGGUCAGCGCAAGCGAUGCUGGUGCAGGCGGAAAGAAGAUGUCCUCAGCUAAUGACUCUUCAUCUAGCAGCAGCUCAAGUUCGGCAACUGAGCACUAUGCCUAGCACGUUGAGUUUAGCUUCACAGCGUCACUUGAUGAACAUGAUGAAAGUUGUAAAAUUUACAAAAGCGGUCUAUAGCAAGUAGACCAAGGUGGAAGUAAUAAAAUUUCUCGUACCCCUCGAAGAAACGAAGAACUACUUUCUCGAAAAGAGACCCCUCUACCUCUAACAAAUAGAGAUAUCCCAGUCAUCGCGGAGGAAAGACAGCAAGAACUCCGUUCGAUCGUCAGCGUCUUCCAUGGCUAGAUCUUCGAUGGGUGGUGGUGCGUUGAGGGCUCGCGGAAGUCCUACAGGCGAGCCCUCUGCAGUAGGCGACAUUCGAGCAAGCUAUGUCAGCGAAAGACGGGACUCUGUGAGGGAUAGGGUAGUUACAACUGUUGACUUACGAAUUCUGGUACAGGAUAAGGAUAUUAAUCGUAGCAGACGAGGUACGUGCUUGGUUUGUUGGAGCUGGAGCGCUCUUUGGUUCGUUGGAAGGACCUUCGGUCAUCCGUCCGCAACAUCAUAAAAGUGCUAUACCCCACCAGGUUCAGAAACUCGAAGAAAAGCUCCACUCUGGUGCCCCCUCUCCGACUGAAAGCCGUAAUUCUGCUGGUGGCGGGGGAUCGGUGCCUUCUUCAAGCUUGGACGGGCUUGGAGAUAAGCUUGUGCUGGACACGAACCAUCUUCGACUCGACAUGCCUAGCAUCAAGCCCGUCACUUCGGGAUCAAGAGUAAUAAUUUGUUGUGGAAUAAUGUUGUGACUGACAGUAGACAACAAUAGCUACAUAAGUAUAAGAGGUACCAUGACAUGACAUGACAUGACAUGACAUGACAUGACAUGACAUGACAUGACAUGACAUGACAUGACAUGACAUGACAUGACAUGACAUGACCGUUGUAAGUGUACUACUUGUGAAGCUCAGAGGAUGUCAUAACCUGUGAUGUCGAAGAACUCUCAUAUAUAGUUUCCUGAUGCUCACCAGUCUUUCUCUUUCAUCUUCAUCAACUACGGAGUCCACCAACGAUACUUUCUACACAGGCAGUAUCGCAGAGGAGUGCGGUUUCAAUACGUUCUUCGGGUACCCUAGGAACGCUGGAGAGUCGAACAAGCCCAACGGGGUUGGAAGCAGUGACAGGUACUAGUGUCGUCACUCAGCCUCCAUGGGUCCCUACAGAAAAGCCGGUGGGUGAUACACCAGCAACGACGCCAGGUACAGUUUUUGGUUGUUGAUGAAUGCCUAUGAACCUCCAACACUGUAGAGAUCUAGUUCUGCGGCCGAAUACGCAUACCUUUUCCUCUUCGAUGUUCAGCCUCCUGACCUGAGGCUAGGAUUAUUAUUUAGGAGGCUGAUAAUACUCCUGUUUUCGUAUUUAUUCCGAAUAUCCCCUCAGGCGUCUUCCCACCUGGCAUGCCAGAUCCGAAGGACUCUUAUUCUCAAUUCGCGCAGGAGCUUGGGAAAGAGUCUCUCUCGCAUUCUAGAGUGUCCAACUUGGGCAAAAGCGAACUGUUGUCCAAGAGUCGACGCAUUACCGAUCCACUAGCGGAAAGCGGUUUGGACGGCCUAGGUGUGUCACUUCACAACGUCUGUCAUAAGCGGACAUCUAUGAGUAGGACUGAUAAGUUGCCGACCAAAGAGGAAAUUGCGGCUAUCAUGAAUGAUGAGGAUGAGGAGGAGGAUGGACAGGGACAUGGAGAAGCAGCAAAAGACUUCUCAUCUAGUACAAAGCAACUAGACGGCAUUCCAGAACACAGCAUCAGUGGUAGUACAGCCUCCAUCUGCGAGCAAGAAGAGGUUAGUUUCAGGUGGGACGAUAGGUUGCGCUUCUACAUCAAGAUUAUGGGUUUCCGAGUUGCAUUCCUCACUCCCAUCCCUGACUCUCUUCCUAGUAGAAAAGAGGCCAGGGGUGUUCGUUCUGAAGAAUGUAAUUCCGUAACCUCUAACAAGAACAAUCCUGGGGCUAUAUCGCAGCUGCUGGGGGAAUUUUGUACGGAGAGUGUCGACUUUGCGAGAAAAUUCAUCGACCAUUUGUGCUACAACAUCGAAUCAGAGGAUGUGGACCGAGCAAGACAAACGGGACCUGGGAUGCUUUGUUGCGCAUUGAAUAAUGGGAUCUUUUAUUAUGCCUUUUUUUUGCAUGUUUACUAUGACUAGUAUCGGGAAGAUGUAUUCACCAAUCCCUUCUGAAGCAGAAUGCCUUUCACUUUGUUUCGCUUUCGUACGUACAGAUGAUGAUUCUACUUCAUCUCCAUUUUUCACUUUUAGGUGGGUCUCGUACUUCUGCGCGCUAUUGUUCCUCUUCUAAUCCCCCAGACUCAUUGUCGACGCAGACGAUCAUACAAAAGACGAAACAGAGCUAGCUCUCAACGGCGCAGAAGUUCGUUGCAUCCGAUACUUAGUCGCGCAUAUGACAGACCACUUGCAAGCGAAUCAAGACUGUCCUUUUAAUGGACAUUUGACGGUACUAGCUAUAAUCUUAAUCUUUGUAGUUUUCGGUGGAAUUGUUCCUUUAUAUCCUUUACGUUUGUUCUUGUAGUUAAUGACGACAAAUAAAGGUCGUUCUGCUCAAUCCCACCAGGUUACAGUCGACUAUGCAGGAUAUCGUGUUUUCUGUCAAGCUGUACAGCCUCUAGAGAAUUGCGGUAUUGCGUGUGGCUGGUUUCCAGACAAGUCGGGGAAAAUGCGCUACCUAGAACCAGACGCCAGUACGAAGGAUGCUCUGAAACUCAUUCAGGAUACGCUGAAUCUGAAGAGGACACUCUGUACUGAAUCCUUUGAAAGACUUUUUGGUUUUUCCUUUAUUAUCGGCAAUUUCAAGAUGCAACAUGUGAUAUCAGAUAUCCAUUGAUAGCCAUAGCCUCUAGAAGUUUAAGUUUAGUCCCAUCGACAGUUUCGGAAUACUGAUCAGGGCGAAACUCCAUUCCAUUUAUGUCAGUUUUCUGAAAAUAGAAAGACUCUCCAACUCAGUGAAGCUCAAGGACAAUCCGAACGCUCGUCGGGUCCGACUAUGUCCUUCGCAGCUUUUACAUCGCGAUCAACAAGGGAAGUACUACUUGGGAAGACAGCGGACGUCGCUAUUGGUCCCGUUGGCAGAGACAAUUCAAGACGUUGAUCCUAGUAGCUUGAAUUUCCUGCGGCCAGAAUUGCAAGUAAAGCUACCGUAUCCAGUGAGCUGCAUUCCAGGAUUUGACUUUUGCUUAUGUUGACAUGGACCACGUACUACAGUUUUUUUGAUGUAGUUGACAGUUACGUUCUUGUUCUAGACUGAGCUUUCCGGUAGUAGGACUGCUCACCUCUUGGUCUUGCGAUCCUAGUGCGUCAUUCAGUUUACAGAACUCAUCUGUGAACGACCUCUUGCUAGGUAAUUGAAUGAAUGAAUGAACUCUCUUCUUCUAACUCUUCUCUCCUGUGUAGACGGUUGUCCCCAGAGCGACACGCUGAAGAGCGAGAUCGUUGAGGCAUGCACCACAGAACUGCGGGAAAAAGCAAUACGGGAAUUCGUCGAGGAGCUAGAUAGUGGGCGACGUUUCCCAGUCGAUAGUGCAGACCUGCGCAAGCAUUUUCACGCAGCGGGGAUCAAUUAAGGCUCCAGCCUCUGCUGCAAUGAUGUCGUCCCUCGUGUAGUUGCAAUCUAAAUCAGCCUGUUAGAAAUCCGCGCUGCCAAAGCCAACGUCGAACAAAAACAAAAUAACCUGCUUUGAAUAUUAAACUCAAUGUAAGUAAGCCCUCCAUCCUCUAAUCCACCAUGACCUUCCUCGGCACCGUGUACCACCAAGUUUCCCUUCCCUACAUCAAGCACUUGUGUCUUUGUGAUGCAAUAGCGCGUGUGAUCAAGCGUGGAAUCCGCGAAUGCUGUCAUAACACGCAAGAUAAAGGUUUAGCACUGUCCUAUGCGACUACGUGGUUCGCAAAUGUAAUGCAGUAUGAGCCAAAGGUGUGGGGUAGUGUCCGCGACUGGCUGCGCGCACAUUACACUUUUGCUGAAACUGACGUGUCUCAAAUCGACUUCUCGAACAGCAUUCAUGCUCCGAUAUUGCUGCAGUGCAUGUUAUGAAUAUAUGGAUGCGUACAAGGAAGUGUGCGCUUGUUUCGUCAUCAUUCUUACAACUGUAACCGGGCUCCUCAGGACGAACGAUGUCAUUUGAAACAUUUCCUCACCACCGAUGCAUGUAUACCAAGACAGAGUACUAUCCUUUCGCCCCUUCUAAUCCCAGCCCACCACUGCUGCGUCCGUGUCGACACGGAGAACGAGAUGUAUCCUACUUUGCGUAAGGAGUGGCGUAAAGUUGGCUUAUUCCUAGACUUUGUGCCAGGUGUGAAGACGUUGUGUUAUCGCAAAGCAAGUCACGCCAUGUUGGCCAAAGAACGAUGGGCGACGAAAGACUUUGUGUCCUUUGUAGAGCACGAGCAGAAAUUGGCGAAGGUAUUUCUCUAAUCAAUAGCAAGGAUUGUGUGGACAAGAUCAGUAGACAGAGUACUUUUUAGCUAAAAAACCCUACGCAAAGAGAAAAUGAAGAAGCAUGAUCCACUCACUUUAUCUCUUGUUCCCCAAAAUUUCUUCACCAGGCUUGGCUUGGCUUGAACCGACAAUUCACGAGCAACACGAUGAGCGCCAGCGCAAUUCAGCAAGCCCAACAAUCGAUAAAUCCCGCUGUUGGUCGCUCUUCAGUGCUGAAUCUCGAAGGGACUCUGUCUCAAUCGAAACCCGCACCGAUGCUGAGUAGCGCAAAACUGGCACAGAAAAUCAACCGGGCAAGUAGUGACUACUGCGUCAUAGUAGAUAAAAGCGGUUUGGAGCAUGGUUUAGACCAGGCUUUGCGUUUGUACAUCGACCACAUGCACGAAGUAGACGCAGAGGAAGCUGGUUCAGCUUCACGGUUUGCUCUAGCCUUGUACGAGGAAGACCCCAACAUUUGGUUGCAGUUUGCGACGCAGGCUUAUCAGUAUAACUUAUGAUUGGAAGAUGAAAAGAGUCCUUAGGAGCUUUCGCAUGUUCGACUUCGAGCGAGAAAGCAACUUCUUCUUGACGGUUUUUUAUAUGAAUCCUCGUUCCCUGCCUGACCCCAGCUGGCGUCUAAUUGCUCUCGUCGACAACCUGAAGUUCGAGGAUAUCAGCAACCAUAUCGCGUUCAACUUCGGCAACGACCACCCGCUUCUGCUUGACUUCUGGAGACAAAAGCUGGAUUUGCUCUUUGCAGCAUUGUCGAUUAUGACAAAGAUUUAUUGUAGUAUAGUAAGUGUAAAGUAACCCAAGCACUAGAGUUCUUUGUGAGGACUUAUUCUUUUUGCCUCCACAAGAAGCGAUCAACCAAACACAAUGAAUCUCGUCAAAACAAAAGGUACCUUUGUGCUUUUAUUUCUACUCCCCGGUGUACUUCUACGUCUACUUCUAACCCGAACAAGCCCGAUGCUGCAGCUUCCAAGUCCGACAGCACCGAGACGAAAACCGUGGAAGAAAAAGCUAAGCUGCGCGUAGAAACUCUAGAUGUCGCCAAGAGAUGUGUAGAGCUCAGCAAGGCAGCAUUUGGACGGUCACACGCUACUACAGCGUGGUACCACAGCCUUUACGGGCACGUCUGCGUUCGCGCUGAUAGCCUGGACACAGCAGUCGAGCAGUACAAAAGGUCGCUUGAGCUCAGUCUCAAAAACAAGGGGCCAGAAAGUACAACUACUGCGUUCUUUGUUAUUGUGUUCACAUAAUGAGAGAGAACUUUCAACUUUAGGCUUCAUUGUCGUUCAAUUGCGCGAAAUAGAAUUUGUUCUACUCGUCCCAUAACCAUAGUAGAUCUACCAACGCGACCACUCUCCGAUCACCACGUCUACUAGGCACCUUCGUCGCUGGCGCUUACUCCUGCCUAAGAGAUGCUUUCUCCAAGAAGGGAGACCUCGACGCAGCCUUUGACUACGCUAUCAAAGCGCAGAACAUACUGGUCAAAUUGCCGGAUAAGAAGAAGCUGCUAGUGAAUCAGAAACACAUAGCGGAUAUUCAAGAAAUGAGAGGAGAAGUGGAUGACGCAUUGAGCUGGACGCAGAAGACACUGGUAUUUAUAAUUGUAUUACUAACUUAUUCCCUCGAUUUUUCGGAGCCGGAGGUCGUUCGCAACCCUAUUCGCAAAAUAUUACUAACUUGUAGGUGGUGUGGUUCAAAACGAAGUAGGAAUCAUGGUAGCAGUGUUCUUGCAGCUAGAAAUUUGAUAGGAAGGUCGUAAGUAGAAGGUGUUGAGAAGAAGUUCAAACGGUAAUCGAAGAAAUAUCCUCCAAUGAAUACCCCAACAACAAAAUCGUCUCACCAACUAUCCAGACUUUCCUCCAGUCCAUCGGAACCGAGUUGGAGUUGAGUCGGACAAGUUUCGACUUUACCAUCAUCAGUCAAGCAGUAAGGCUCAGCGUGUGUCAGAGAGAGCCUAGCCUGCCCAACCGUAUGAAGUGGGAAAGGAAACUCCGUGACGUAGAACGGCAAAAGAGAAAUGUCGUUCAAAUUAUCGAGUACAAAUGGACCAUUUCAGAUUUGUCUGAGUUGCCGGCACACGUAGCAGAACUACUACAUAUUUCCCAAGCAGCAGUGUUUGGCGAAGAUGGCGGAGAUGGCGCAGAUGCAAAUGGGAAUUAUGAGCUAGUUUUAAACUCGUUUUCAACUUCAAUUUCGACUAGAAGUAGUUGUAUCUCCUAUCAAGAAUCUCUAAUCCCCCACAACAACACCCGCUGACAUCGAACUCACGGAUCGGGAAAAGGAAGCCUUGGAUGAGCUGUAUCAGCUGGUCAAAUUCUGCGACCCAGAAUUUUCUUCUGUCUUCGACCUACAACUGCACGCACCGCCAGUGCUUGCUGCUCCCAACUGCUAGAAAAGAUGUGGUAGUUGCUGUUGGGAAUUGCGCUUCGGACGAAUUACAUCAGCUAGUAGGUAUUUCAGAAUUUUUCACAACCACAACCAGUCCUAGUGGAAGGAAUGCGCAUAAUUGAAUACGUAGAACAAGGUUUCAGGAUGUAGUUUCGCAAGCACUCGCAUACCUACGUAGAAAAAUCUUGGUGUCAAAGCAGUCUGAUUCAAAAUUCUAGCUACGAUAAUAACAAGGGGCUGUCGACGAGUAUUUUCUAACGCGCAUUCAUCAUGAGAUGACAACUACAUGUUGAAUUUUUUGUUUCACUUUCACACAUUGGGUCAUACAACUAUCUUCGCUAACGCAAUUGUUAAUGUCUACGCGCAUCAUGCUGGAAAAAAAAAAACCUCCAUGUUUCUUUAUCAGUACAUACGUAGAUACCCAUUUUAAUUCAUCAACGAACAUCAUGUCUCUGGCUCUGCUUUUAAACCUGAUCAAGAUCAUCUUCGGACUGUUUUUUUCUCGCGAAGAAAGACUUACAUGUAUGCGCCAUGCGAGGUGCUGGUGAGAGUGGGCUACUAGACAGGGAUGGAAAGGCCAG